AUGGAUUUAGUUCCUCCCCCUCGCCCUCUGCACGUCUCAGAGCACAAGAAUAUGGCAGCAACACUCCAUCGAAGCAUCGGAAAGAAAAGGUUUCUUUUGAUAGAGAGUAUGCAAAACCCUAAACCUUUCGAGUAUACCGACACCAAUUAUGAAUCAGGUCCUACUUUAUCUGUAGUUACCCCUACACGACUGCCCACUCAGCCACAGGGCUAUGGAACCCCAGCCUUAUCCUUGCCCCAUUACCCAGUACCGCCAGCGGAACAUUACCAGUCCUUGUCAAGAGACACCUCCGGGAUGCGAGGAACAUUCCAUUCGCCUUAUGCACAGUUUUCUACAGAGCAAUCCCCGCCUAGAGAACUCUCACAGACAAGGGAGACGACCUUACCGCACCGUCCACCACCAUUUGGUCACCAUCAAUCUCUAUCCAGAGAUCCAUCCAUGAGACAAGGAGGAUCUCCAGACAGACAGACUGAGAGACACGACUCGGGCCCCAGGGAUAAAGGCAAAGGGAAAGCCAAAGAGCGCCUCGAUAGUACUGGAGGGUGCAAUCUCAGGUCUCGUAGCGACAAGGGAGAGAGCAGCAAAGGCAGGGGCAAAGAUAAGGACGAUGAUGAAAAACGGGGCAGGUUUCCUGGACCGUUUUCCAGGAAGUGCUGAGAGGAUGUCAAGGAUAUAACUACUCUCU